GCCCGCCCGGCGGCAGCGAGGGAGCGCCAAGGGGGCCUGGGGCUCGGCUCGGCUCGGCUCGGCUCGGCGCGGAUCAUGUCGCCAUGUCGGAAGUGAGGAAGUUCACGAAGCGGCUCAGCAAGCCGGGCACGGCGGCCGAGCUGCGGCAGAGCGUCUCGGAGGCGGUGCGCAGCUCCUUCGUCCUGGAAAAAACGAAAGUGGUGGAACCCCUGGACUAUGAGAACGUGAUCCUGCAGCGCAGAGUUCAGAUCUACAGCGAUCCCCUCCGGGACCUCCUGAUAUUUCCAAUUGAAGAUGUGUCUAUUUCGGUCAUCGGCCGACAGAGAAGGACUGUCCAGUCAACAGUGCCAGAAGAUGCUCUAAAGAAAGCUCAGAGUCUCUUUGUCAAAGAGUGCAUUAAAACCUACAGCUCUGACUGGUUCGUGGUAAACUACAAGUAUGAGGAAUACUCAGGAGACUUUCGGAUGUUGCCAUGCAAAUCCUUUAGGCCAGACAAGAUUCCAAGCCAUGUGUUUGAAAUUGAUGAAGACUUUGAAAAGGAUGAGGACUCCUCUUCCCUGUGCUCCCAGAAGGGUGGGGUGAUAAAGCAGGGCUGGCUGCACAAAGCAAAUGUCAACAGCACCAUCACUGUCACCAUGAAGGUAUUCAAGAGGAGGUAUUUUUACCUGUCACAGCUCACAGAUGGCUCCUAUAUUCUGAAUUCCUACAAAGAUGAGAAAAUUUCAAAAGAAUCCAAAGGCUGCAUUUUCUUGGAUGCUUGCAAUGAUGUGGUUCAGUGUCCCAAGAUGCGCCGCUACGCGUUUGAGCUGAAGACAAUAGACAAGUACAGCCACUACCUUGCAGCUGAAACUGAGCAGGAGAUGGAGGAAUGGCUGGUAACUCUGAGGAAGAUCAUUCAGAGCAAUACUGAGAGUUUGGUGCAAGAGAAGAAAGAUGCUGUGGAGUCUGUGCAAGAUGAUGAAUCGAGCACGCAGGGAAAGUCAGAGAACAUCCUGGAGAGCCUGGAGAGAAGCAUGCAUCCAGAGCUGAUGAAGUAUGGAAGAGAAACAGAUCAACUAAACAAACUGAGCAGGAAUGAUGGAAGACAAAACAUCUUUUCUUUUGACCCAGAAGUCCAGAGACUCGAUUUCUCAGGGAUUGAGCCAGAUGUGAAGCCUUUUGAGGAAAAGUGCAGCCGGCGCUUCGUGGUUUGCUGCCAGGACUUCUCCCUCAACCUCCUUGCUCAGCUGAGUGACAGGGCAGAAGAAGGACCCACCAACGUCGAGCCCUUUUUCCUAAGCUUGGCGUUAUUCGACCUGAAAAGUAACUGCAAGAUUUCAGCUGACUUCCACGUGGACCUGAACCCUGCGUGUGUGCGGGACAUGCUGCAGGAGGGCUCGGAGCCGCGGGCAGAGGGAGCGGCGGGGCACGGCCCCGGGCAGAGCCUGGUGCACGGCGUGCCCGAGUCCUGCCUGCGCUACAUCAAACGGGGGGUGUUCUCCGUGACCAACCCGCACACAGAGAUCUUCCUGGUGGCCCGAGUGGAGAAGGUGCUGCAGGGCAGCAUUGCCCACUGUGCAGAGCCCUACAUGAAAAACUCAGACCCUGGGAAGACUGCCCAGAAGGUCCAUAAGGUGGCCAAGCAGGUGUGCAGCCGUCUGGGGCAGUACCGGAUGCCCUUCGGCUGGGCUGCCAGGCCAGUUUUCAAAGACUCCCAGGGCACUCUUGAUGCUGAUGGAAAAUUCUCACCCCUGUACAAGCAAGACAGUGGCAAACUCUCAAAUGAAGAUAUGCUGAAGCUUUUAGCUGAGUAUAAGAAACCAGAGAAGACAAAGCUGCAGGUCAUUCCAGCCCAGUUAAAUAUCAUCAUCAAAGACAUCCCACUGGACUUCACAAAUUGUUUCACAGCUUCUUACAUUCCUAUAAAACCUUUUGAGAAGGGCUGUGAGGACAUUGCAGUUGAAGUGGAGGAGCUUGUCCCAGAAGUUGCAAAAUACUGUUACCCCUUCACUGUCUACAAAAACCACCUCUAUGUCUACCCCCUGCACUUGAAGUAUGAGAACCAGAAGGUGUUUGCAAAGGCAAGGAAUAUUGCUGUCUGUGUGGAGUUCAGGGAUUCAGAUGAAGCUGAUGCCAGGCCAUUAAAGUGCAUAUAUGGCAAGCCCGGGGGCCCUCUGCUGACCACACACGCCUACGCUGCCGUGCUGCACCACAACCAGAGCCCCGAGUUCUAUGAUGAGAUUAAAAUUGAGCUUCCAAUUCACCUCCAUCAAAAGCAUCAUUUGCUUUUCACCUUCUAUCAUGUCAGCUGUGAAAUUAAUACAAAGGCAACAUCGAAAAAACAAGACACCGUUGAAACUCAAGUGGGGUUCUCCUGGGUGCCACUGCUGAAGGACGGGCGCGUGGUGCCCCUGGAGCGGCAGCUGCCCGUGUCCUGCACCCUCCCCCCCGGCUACCUGGGGCUCCCAGACCCUGACUCACGCAAGCAGCCCAGCAUGGAUGCAAAGUGGGUGGAUGGAGCAAAGCCACUGUUUAAAAUCAGAAUCCAUUUGGACUCUACCAUUUACACCCAGGACAUGCACUUGCACAAAUUCUUCCACUACUGCCAGCUGGUUCAGGCGGGAGCUAAGGAAGUGCCAGGAGAGCUUGUUAAAUACCUAAAGUGUUUGCACGCCAUGGAGAUCCAAGUAAUGAUUCAGUUUCUACCUGUAAUUCUUAUGCAACUAUUUAGAGUCCUCACAAACGUGACGCAGGAGGAUGAAGUAGCUGUCAACUGCACCAUGGUUCUCCUGCACAUCGUGUCCAAGUGCCAUGAGGAAGGGCUAGACCACUACCUGCGCUCCUUCCUGAAGUACGUGUUCCGAGCCGAGAAACCCAGUGCCAAGCAGGCCAAGAUGACCCACGAAAUCCUGGUGCUUUCCAUGGCCACCAUCUUGAAGCAGUCAGCAGAUUUUCUGGCCAUCAAUAAGCUCCUCAAGUACUCGUGGUUUUUCUUUGAAGCACUGGCAAAGUCCAUGGCAAUGUACUUACUGGAAGAAAACAAAAUCAAGCUGCCCAGAGGGCAGAGGUUCCCUGAGUCCUACCAGCACGCCCUGCACUCGCUGCUGCUGGCCAUCAUCCCCCACGUCACCAUCCGCUACAACGAGAUCCCUGAAGAGUCCAGGAAUGUCAACUUCAGCCUGGCUAACUUCCUGAAGCGUUGUUUGACCUUUAUGGACAGAGGAUUUGUUUUUAACUUGAUAAAUGACUACAUUUCUGGAUUCAGCCCAAAAGACCCCAAGCUGCUGGUUGAAUACAAGUUUGAAUUUCUUCAGACUAUUUGCAAUCAUGAGCACUACAUUCCUCUGAACUUACCAAUGACAUUUUCCAAACCCAAGCUGCAAAGAGUUCAAGAUACAAAUCUUGAGUACAGUUUAACUGAUGAGUAUUGCAGGCAUCACUUCCUCGUGGGGAUGCUUCUUAGAGAAGCCUCUGUUGCCUUGCAGGACAAUUAUGAUAUCAGAUAUACAGCCAUCUCAGUCUUAAAAAACCUCCUGAUCAAGCAUGCCUUUGACAACAGAUACCAGCACAAGAACCAGCAGGCAAAAAUUGCCCAGCUGUACCUGCCCCUGUUCGGGGUGCUCCUGGAGAACCUGCAGCGCGUGGCCGGCCCCGAGGCACUGACCUGCUGCCCUGCCUCCAGCCCUGCAUCCAGGGAUGAAUUCAUAUGCAGUUUUCCAUCCCCCUCCAGCAGAUCCAGCCUGAUUGCAGACAAAGAUCCAGCCUGUGGAGCAGCCCUUCCAAAUGGCCAUACAAUAAAGAGAGAGGACUCAAAAGGAUCCCUGAACUCAGAGGGAGCAACCAGUUCCCCGGAUCAGAGUGAAAAUAUCCGCAGGAGCUCCAUGAGGAGCAGCGUGUCCCACUGCAGCCGGCUGGACCAGUUCGAGAUCCGGACACUUCUCAUGUGCUACCUGUACAUCGUGAAGAUGAUCUCUGAAGAUACUCUUUUAGCUUACUGGAACAAAUUCUCCCCCCAGGAGCUGAUCAAUGUCCUCAUGCUUCUGGAGGUGUGCUUAUUUCACUUCAGAUACGUGGGGAAGAGAAAUAUUGCCAGCUCCUGCAUGAGACCCCCAGGCUCAGGCGAGCGCAGGUUGGCAGUGUCCCCCCCAGCCAGCUGCAGGGUGCAGGAUGCCUGGCUCUCCAAGCACACGGCGGCCGAGAGGAAGUCCCAGACCAUGCCGGCGCUCCGCAGCCGAGCCGGGGCAAGGCUCCAGCACCUGGGCAGCCUGGAGAGCUCCUUCACCCUCAACCACAAUGCAGGCACCUCAGAAGCAGAUAUUGUGCACCAGGCAUUACUGGAGGGCAAUAUUGCCACUGAAGUGUGCCUAACAGUCCUGGACACCAUCUCUUUUUUCACUCAGAGUUUCAAGACCCAGCUUUUAAGCAACGAUGGCCACAAUCCACUUAUGAAGAAGGUUUUUGAUAUUCAUCUGGCUUUCCUCAAAAAUGGGCAGUCAGAAGCAGCCCUUAAGCAUGUGUUUGCCUCUCUGAGAGCUUUCAUUAGCAAGUUUCCCUCAGCAUUUUUCAAAGGAAGGGUGAACAUGUGUGCUGCCCUCUGCUAUGAGAUCCUGAAGUGUUGCACUUCCAAGGUGUCCUCCACAAGGAACGAAGCCUCUGCUCUUCUGUACCUCCUGAUGAGAAAUAAUUUUGAGUUCACCAAAAGGAGAACAUUUCUUAGAACACAUCUUCAGAUAAUAAUUGCAGUGAGCCAGCUAAUUGCAGAUGUGGCCCUCAGUGGUGGGACCAGAUUUCAGGACUCCCUGCUCAUCAUUAACAACUUUGCAAACAGUGACAGACCGAUGAAGGCAACGGCUUUUCCUUCUGAAGUCAAAGAUUUGACAAAGAGAAUCCGCACAGUGCUCAUGGCCACUGCUCAAAUGAAGGAACAUGAGAAGGACCCAGAAAUGUUGGUGGAUCUCCAGUACAGCUUGGCCAAGUCUUACGCAAGCACCCCCGAGCUCCGCAAGACGUGGCUGGACAGCAUGGCCAAGAUACACGUGAAGAACGGAGACUUCUCAGAGGCAGCCAUGUGUUAUGUUCACGUAGCAGCCCUCGUUGCAGAGUUCCUGCACAGGAAGAAACUGUUUCCCAGUGGAUGCUCUGCCUUCAGGAAGAUCACUCCCAACAUUGAUGAGGAAGGUGCAAUGAAAGAAGAUGGUGGGAUGAUGGAUGUACAUUACAGUGAGGAGGUCCUGGUGGAGCUGCUGGAGCAGUGUAUAGAUGGCCUGUGGAAGGCAGAGCGUUAUGAAACAAUUUCUGAAGUUUCCAAACUGAUCAUUCCUAUUUAUGAAAAGCGGCGUGAAUUUGAGAAACUCACCCAGCUGUACAGAACACUCCACGGAGCAUAUGCUAAGAUAUUGGAAGUAAUGCACUCAAGGAAGAGGCUCCUUGGAACCUUUUUCAGAGUGGCCUUUUAUGGACAAACAUUCUUUGAGGAAGAAGAUGGGAAGGAAUACGUCUAUAAGGAGCCCAAACUGACAGGCCUCUCAGAGAUCUCCUUCAGACUUCUUAAACUGUAUGGAGAAAAAUUUGGGCCAGAGACUGUGAAGAUUAUCCAGGAUUCUAAUAAGGUCAACAUUAAAGACCUUGAUCCCAAAUAUGCCCAUAUUCAAGUGACUUAUGUGAAGCCCUACUUUGAAGACAAAGAAAUGUCUGAAAGAAAAACUGAAUUUGAAAGAAAUCAUAAUAUCAAUAGAUUUGUAUUCGAAACUCCUUACACUUUAUCUGGAAAAAAGCAUGGCAGUGUGGAAGAACAAUGCAAAAAAAGGACCAUUCUGACUACUUUGAACUCCUUUCCAUAUGUUAAGAAGAGAAUUCCAGUCAAUUAUGAGCAUCAAGUUAAUUUAAAGCCAAUUGAUGUCGCUACUGAUGAAAUAAAGGACAAGACAGCCGAGCUGCAGAAACUCUGCAGCUCUGCUGGGGAUGUUGACAUGAUCCAGCUGCAGCUCAAACUGCAGGGCUGUGUCUCUGUGCAGGUUAAUGCUGGUCCUUUGGCUUAUGCCAGAGCUUUCCUAAGUGACAGCCAGUCCAGCAAAUACCCUGCUAAGAAGGUGAAUGAGUUGAAAGAAAUGUUCAGGAAGUUUAUCCAAGCCUGUGGAAUUGCUCUGGAGCUCAAUGAGCGGCUCAUUAAGGAGGAUCAAGUGGAGUACCACGAGGGGUUAAAAUCAAACUUUCAGGAUAUGGUGAAAGAGCUUUCUGACAUCAUCCAUGAACAGAUCUAUCAUGAGGACACAAUGCAUUCACCGUGGAUGCAGGACUCCCUUCAUGUCUUCUGUGCCAUCAGUGGAACCUCUGGUGAUGGAAGUUACUGCUCACUCAGACCCACUGCUGACAUUUAAACAUAUCAGUCAUAUUUUACAGAGCCUCCUCAGGAAUUCUUGGAACUGUACAAAGGAUGUUUAAAACCAUCCAUGAUGAGCAAAGACUGAAUUGCAGGGUGGUUUGGUUUGUUUUGCUUCGGUUUUUUUCCCCCCCACAAAAAAAGUUGCCAUGCUUUCAAACAGGGUGCUUGCUUAUUUUGCUGAGCAACAUUGAAAGUGCCUGGACAUUGCACCACUGUGCUUGUUUUCUACUAUUUUUUUUAAGCUAAAUGAACAGCAGGACGUGGAAAGGCAAUUAUCUAAGUACAUGUUGAAUUGCUGAACUAUGAAUUGAAACAAUGACGUACUGUGUAAAGUUGUACAAUGGAAUAUAAUAAAAUGUAAAACUACUUUGUAAAUAGAAGGACUAUAGAGUAUAUAGAAAUUAGCAUUUUAUCAUACUUGCUGCUAAAAGCUUUGUUGGACAGGGGACAUGAAGGAGAAAUUGUAUUUACUGGUAAGAGACCUUUCUCUUUUAAAAAGUGGCUUGGGGUCCACAUACCCCAAUUGCACUCAAUGGGAAUAAACUUGCCCUAGUCUGAAAUAAUAAAACCUAAGUCAGAAAUGACAAUUUUCAUACAUCCUUAAAGCAGAUAUUUCUAAAGCUGAGAUUACUGUAGCUGAUUCCAUUUUUAGGUAAACUUUCACAGCUUCAGGAGAGGAUGGAUUGUACUCACUGAGAGCAAACCUGAGAGAUGUGUCAUUUGAUAUGAGUUCUCUCCUGCUUGCCACUCAUGGUCUCACACAGAUAUGAACUCUGAGAACAGCUUAAAUUGAAUUGGAAAUUAUAAGGUGCUUUAAUAACUUUUGGAAAAAAUCCAAAUAAUCAGAGAGAUGGGGUUUAAAAACUUGCAGCACAUCAAAAUAACUUAUACAAAAUUGAGGGAUUUGUUAGCACCACACCAAGUCAUGCAUGUCCCCUCCUGUUAAGCAGAUUUGUUCUCUGAAAGUUCAUUGUUUUUCUCUGAGAGGUGGUUGGAGAAAAUGUAUUUUCCAGAAUUCUUUUAUUCCUUCUUCCCCUUCCCAAAGCUUUCAUACAUUCUCUGCCUCUUUUUUAUUAACACGCUUCAGAUUCAGGAAGAAGAACACAGUUCAGUAAUUGUUUUAUCCAGCGACAUUUUUAACAUCCAUGGUUUUCAAAAUCCUUUCAAUUGUAAAUAUGGUUCCAGUAGUUCAUAUGGGAAGGGUGGGAAUUUUAAGGAUAUGUAAAAAAAUGCCAUAAUAAAAGGACUUCAGCUGGGUAUUUAGCUUGGCUGUAGUGUCUAUAAAAUGUUAAGCUUCUAAGUCUUUGUGACAAAAAUUAUCUUCAAAUAGUAACUGGACCACAUUUCAAAAUGUUUAUUAUGCAUGAUUCUAAAUACCUACAAUUAUUUGUAUUCUGAGAAAAUAAUGUUGUGAUCCAUAAAUUCACCCAUUAGCUGUUUCAAGCAAAAUACAGAUGUGCCUAUAACAAACCAGCCACAUUUCUGCUUCUAUGUGCUUUUGUGCCAGACAGACUCUAAAUUUAGCACAAACUUUAAGAAAGAGGAAGAGAAAUUAGCGUGUGUAAAUAUGGUUAGCACCUUCCUCAUUGUUAUCUUUCAACAAAUAAUAUUUAAAAGCAUAUAGUGAGAGUUUUCCAAAUUACUUUACUAAGAGGUGUGAAGCUCAUUAUUAUCAAUCCAGUACAAGAUACCUUUGGAGCUAAUUGACCUCUAAAUAUCAGUAGUAAAGGUGUAUCUUGACUACAGUCAGCAGAUGUGAGAUACAGACAUCCAAAACCUCUUGCACUGCAGCUCUUUCAGAUACUACAGAAAACCUCUUUUUCCUGGAUUUGCAGGAAGAUCCUUAUGCAUGUUUUUUGAUGUCUAUAAUGUUCUGAGAUAAUAUCAUUGGCUGAAUUUUCAAUUUCUAUUCCUUAUUUUUACUGAAUUCCAGUGGAAUUCUUACUUGUGUCUUCAGAUGUCUUUAAUGGUCCAAGAUGAAUUUUUGUGUGAACUUCUGAAGCUGUUGAUAUUGGAGUGGUUCUGUCAUUUCACUGUCAUAUACUGGAAAGCUCUCACAGUAAUUUGGCCAAAAAAUAAGUGCUUAGUAUCAGUCCAAUUAGAAUAUAUACAGUCACUGCAUUUCAGAAGAUACACUUAUUUGUAGUUUUAAUGAAUUACAUAAAUUAUAUGCCCUAAGGAUUAGCCUUCUGUCCUGCUGCAUAAUUUUUCUGGAUUUUCUACAGAAAAAUCUCUUUUUUAGAUAGGCUAUGAAAAGACUGGUAAUAAACCAACUUGUUUUACCUUUGUGUAUUCACCCACCUAGAAAGGAUGAGGAGUGGCCAUUAUAUUACAGCUAGUUUUGGACAAUGGUGUCAAGAAGAUGAUCACAUUUUCUCUAUCUAUCCUUUUCUUACUUAAUUUUCCCAGUUUAGAGAAAUCCUCCAGAUCUUUUCUUAUUUAUGGCUGAAAGAGCUUAACUCACAGAUAUAUCUGGAGAUUGUACUGUAUAUGUGCCUGUUUUAAGUAGCUGAUACAUUGGGUACAUCAUAUUUGCUACCUGUUUGAGAAGAAUAGAAAUGUCUGUUGUUCAUUAACAUUUUUGAUUUUCUUAUAUUGCCUAAGGAUUGGCAGGGUUUUUUUAGUCUUGAAAAAUUAGUGGAACAUAUUUCAAAUGACAUCCUGGCACACAGUCUUUCUGUACCUUAGUUUGGCCACAUUACAUAUUUUAUUUGUGUUCCUCUAAUUAUUUUUUCUGUAAAACUGCUGUGUAAUACAUCAAGUCUUCAGAAUGGAAGCCUUGGUAAUUUUGCAUAAAAGACAAAGAAAUGGGAUGAA